CCACACAGUGAGGAUGAGCAGGGCCUGGCACUCAGGCGUCUGCCUCUCUGUCUACUGUCCUUUCAGUCUGUGGCUUUUUUUUUUCUUCUUCUUUUUUUCAAUCAUCCCAGGCAGGUAGGAGGAGGAAAGAGACACCGUCACCCUGGAUAGAGGAGAAACUGGCUGGAGAGACCUGGUCAUUUUGGGCACCCAUCAGUGCAGGAUGCAGGUUCUUGGAGUGGAGUGCUUCCUUUUGUUACAGGGCAACCCAGUGGUCUCCCAGGAGCCCCGCGGCCAUGGCAACACUGCUUCUGCUCAUUUUGGCUCUCUUGGUCCUGGGUCAUGUGCCGCCAGGGAGAAGUGAAUUCAAACGAUGCUGGAAGGGCCAAGGGGCUUGUAGAACUUACUGCUCGAAGAUGGAAACCUACAUGCACCUGUGCCCGGACAGCUCCCUGUGCUGUCUUCCCUAUGCACUCAAGUCGCCCAUGCCCUUCAAGGCUGAAAAGAAGUAGCUGCUUCCAGCGCUGGUGCCUAACUCUGCAAUAAAACACAUGCUGCCAGCCGUUCCUCUUGCUGCCUGCUCUCUCUCCCCCCAACCUCUGGGACCUGGGGUGCGGUUGGGUUUGGUCCAGGAUGUAGGAGGAUAAUUGGUGGAGGAAGGUGAGGUUCCUGGACAGAGUGGGCAUUAUUGACCUUUAUAAAUG